CUCCAAAUCGUACGGCCCAGAUCUCUCCAAUCCAUCCUUAAAUCUCUCUCCCCUCAUUUCAUUUUCCACUUUAUAAGAUAAAACCCUCCGCCGGGUCUCGAAAUCUAUUUUUAGGGUUUUAGACUCUCUCUGCUCUCGCUGUCACUACCAAAAAACGCAGAGAACAAGGUUAUUGCAAUGGCUUUCUUAAGUAAAGUUGGAAAUCUGCUUAGACAGACUGCGAGCAAGCAGAUCAGCUCAGAAUUUGGUGCCUCGAAACCGUCUUUCUUUCAAGCUAUACGAUGCAUGUCAUCCAUGUCAAGUUCAAAACUUUUUAUUGGAGGUCUUUCAUAUGGCACAGAUGAGCAAAGUUUGAAGGAAGCUUUUGCUAAGUAUGGAGAAGUUGUUGAAGCAAGAAUCAUUAUGGACCGUGAGACUGGUAGAUCCAGAGGAUUUGGCUUUGUUACAUAUGUUUCAAGUGAGGAGGCCUCCAGUGCUAUCCAGGCCUUAGAUGGACAGGAUCUCCAUGGUCGUCGGGUAAGGGUGAAUUAUGCUACUGAUAGGGCUCGUCCUAGCUAUGGAGGUGGUGGCUAUGGUGGUGGCGGCUAUGGUGGUGGUGGCUAUGGUGGUGAUGGCGGCUAUGGUAACAAUGCUUAUGGUGGUGGUGGUGGUGGCUAUGGUAACAAUGCAUAUGGCGGUGGCAGUGGCGGUGGCGGCGGCGGCGGCUAUGGUAACAAUUCUUAUGAUGGUGCUGCCAGUGGAGGCUAUGGCACUGGUAGUAGCGGAUAUGGUUCGGGUGGGAAUUAUCAAGGAGGUGGUGGUGGCACUGGUAGUGGCUACAGUGGAGGUGGUGUUGGUUACAGCAGUGGCGGCAAUUACGCCAGUGAGAACAGUGGAGGCUAUGGCAAUACUGGUGGGAAUUUUGAUGUUUCUGGUGGUAGUGGUAACUUUGCCUCUGGGGAUGGCAGUAACAUAGCCGGUAGUGGAUUUGAAGGAAGUACUGGACAGGGCUUUGGUGGUGUUGAUCAAUUUGGAACCAAUGAGAGUAGCAGUGUGGAUGGUGCAGCUGGAGAUUUUGACAAAGAUGCUUCUUUGGAAGGAAACUUAAGGGAUGACGACGAUGAGACUGGUGAUUUUGCCAAAAGGGCCUGAAAAUAGUUGAACCUGCUUUUACCAUUGUUACUAGUAGACUUUCUUUGUUGUAGUUUUUUCUUCUUUUUCCUUGAACUAUUUAUUUAUAUUUAUAUUGGAUUUGGCUCUGAAAACUUGACUUUGAUGCACUCUUCUAGUGUGUUUUCCCGAUGAGAAUCAACGAAUGUUAGAAAAUAA